AUGCCGUCGGCAUCGAUUCGGAAGAAAGUAUGCGGCUUAAUACGGACAACAUUCACGCAAAUGCCCACGGCUGCUGACGAUAAGGGCGGUGAGGAGAGUGAUGGAUUGCUGGGCCGCAGUGAUGCUGCGCUGGACAAAUUCACGGCGCGAAUCGGAAGCGCCAACGAUGCGGGCGUUUGCUCGCCAGGCACCCCUACCUCAAGCAACUCGUUCAUUGCGCAAUGCAUCCGCAAUAACAGGUACGAUGUUUCGAUUAGAUCUUUCACAUACGCUGUGCAGCAUUGGCGCAGUGGGAUAGCACUGUUAUCGUGCAGUAGGUCGGAGUUUCGAUUCCGCCACUGGGACAACCAGUCCCUCUAUGAUUCGUUUCGAUGGUAA